CUUCUGGUGAUUGGUGGAGGGUCUGGAGGCCUUGCGUGUGCAAAAGAAGCUGCUCAGUUUGGAAGGAAAGUGGCUGUUUUGGAUUAUGUGGAACCUUCUCCACAAGGAACCAAAUGGGGACUUGGUGGAACUUGUGUGAAUGUUGGCUGCAUUCCUAAAAAGCUUAUGCAUCAAGCAGCCCUUUUAAGGGGUGCCCUUAAAGAUGCCCAACACUAUGGCUGGAAUAUAACCCAACCUGUUCAUCAUACCUGGUCUGUGAUGGCACAAGCUGUUCAGAAUUACGUGAAAUCCUUGAACUGGGGACACAGAGUGCAACUACAAGACAAGAAGGUGAAAUAUUUCAACAUGAAAGGAAGUUUUUCUGAUGCGCAUACAAUCCGUGGUUUAACAAAAGCAGGUAAAGAGACUAUUGUUACUGCAGAAAAUAUUGUCAUUGCUACUGGAGGAAGACCAAAGUAUCCUACACAUAUUGCAGGUGCACUGGAGUAUGGAAUCACAAGUGAUGAUUUGUUCUGGUUAAAAGAAUCUCCUGGAAAAACGUUGGUUGUCGGAGCCAGCUAUGUUUCACUUGAGUGUGCUGGUUUUUUAACGGGCAUUGGAUUGGACACUACAGUCAUGAUGAGAAGUAUCCCACUUCGUGGGUUUGAUCAGCAAAUGGCAUCUUUAGUAACUGAGCACAUGGAAUCUUACGGCACAAAAUUUUUAAAGAGAUGUUUCCCAACCAAAGUUGAAAAAUUGAAGGGCAACAGAUUGCAAGUGACCUGGAAAAAUACCGACCUGGGCACAGAAGAAACCAAUUGCUUUGACACGGUCAUGUGGGCAGUAGGCCGAGCUCCUGAUGUUAAAACUCUCAAUUUGGAUGCAGUUGGAGUGAAAACUAAUUCUGAAACUGGAAAGAUCAUUGUUGAUGCCAGUGAAGCUACUUCUGUUCCUCACAUUUAUGCGAUUGGAGACAUAACAGAGGGCCGUCCUGAAUUAACACCCACAGCAAUAGCUGCAGGAAAACUGCUGGCUCGGCGUCUAUUUGGCCAGUCUUCAGAAUUGAUGGACUAUGACAAUGUACCUACCACAGUUUUCACUCCCUUGGAGUAUGGUUGUGUUGGACUGUCAGAAGAAGCAGCUGUGCAAUGUUAUGGAGCAGAUAAUAUUGAGGUAUACCAUGCGUAUUAUAAACCUUUAGAGUUUACAGUUGCUGAAAGAGAUGCAACUCAAUGCUAUAUAAAAAUGGUGUGCUUACGAGAGAGGGAGCAACGAAUACUUGGCCUUCAUUUCAUUGGACCAAAUGCAGGCGAAGUUAUUCAAGGAUUUGCUCUUGGAAUCAAAUGUGGUGCUACAUAUCCUCAGCUGAUGAAGACAGUUGGCAUUCACCCUACCUGUGCUGAAGAAAUUACCAAAUUGCACAUUACAAAGCGUUCUGGCUUGGAUGCAACAGUUACAGGCUGCUGA